AUGUCGACUGUGGCAGAGACAGCAUCGUCGACUUCUUGGUACGAAUGGAGCAUCGAGAUACCGGACGAGAAUCAAAUUAAAUUUCGUCUGGAGAAGCUGGAAGCGAAGUGGAACGAGUUCGAGGAAAUCCAGUGCGAGAUUGAAGGUUCUGAGGAUCACGAGGAGAACAUCGAAGGUCAGCGACUUAUUAGAGCGGAGUUUGAGGAAAAAUACUUCGAGGUAAGGGCAGGGCUGGUUGGCAAGUUACCGCGAGAGGUUCCGCAGAAUGCUUCACAGGCUACUUCUUUCAUAAAUUUAGAGCAUUCGACAAGUGUGCACACUUAUGUACGCUUGCCUCAAAUAAACUUACCUGAAUUCGAUGGUAGUUAUGAAAAAUGGCUUGCGUUUCAUGACACAUUCAGAGCCCUGAUCGACACGUCUCCAGAGCUGAGUGGUAUUCAGAAGUUCCAUUAUCUGCGGGCUUCUCUUAGGGGUGAUGCUCUUAAACUGGUCGAUUCAUAUCCGAUGAGUGACGCAAAUUAUAGGGUUGCUUGGGAUGCUUUGGUCGCACGGUUCUCCAACAAGUAUUUGCUCAAGAAGAGGCACUUGAAUGCGCUAUUCGAGUAUCCGAGGAUCAAGAAAGAGUCUGCAGUUGCGAUCCACGAACUCAUAGACUGUUUCGAGCGGAAUACAAAGAUUUUGGACCAAUUGGGAGAGAAGACAACCGGUUGGGGGGCGAUGUUGACGCAUCUGAUGGUUUCGAAAUUGGACGAAAUUACUCAGAAACGUUGGGAGGAGCAUGCUUCAGGUGAGGAAGAGCCAUCUUUUGCAGUUUUGGUUGGGUUUUUGAAGAAGCAGACACGGGUACUUGAUGCAGUCUCGGUAGAUCAGCAUUCGUCAAACUCUAGCUGUCUCUCUUCUACCAAUGGGGUUAAAUUCCGUCCAGCAAAGGUGUCGGUCAACGCGGCGACCGAAAAUACGGGUCCGAACUGCAUUGUCUGCAGCGAGCAACAUCCAAUUGCGAGGUGUCCAGCGUUCGCCAAGUUACCUGUGGAUAAACGGCUGCAGUUCACCAACUCUAAGCGGUUAUGCAGCAACUGUAUGGGACGCAACCAUUUGGCACGCGAUUGUCCGUCGAAAUACCGGUGCAGAACUUGUUCCAAGAAGCACCACACUAUGCUUCAUCCUGUAUUUCCUGGUUCUGGUUCAACUACUGCGACGGAUUCAGCCGGUUCUGUUGUUGUUCCAUCAUCUUCUGGCAAUGCGUCGAACUCCGGUAGUUUGUUUGCAAGUUCUCUCGCAACCAUUUCUUCUAACGUGGCGAUGGGGCCCGUAGGCUCACAUGUUUUCUUACUGACGGUGGUCCUGAAGGUAAAGGACAGAUGGGGACGAACGCACCUCGCCAGAGCUCUGCUGGAUUCCGGUUCACAGGCUAAUCUCAUGUCGGAGAAGCUUUGUCAGUUGCUUAAGCUACCCAGAAACGAAAAGAAAGUAGAGAUCAGCGGUAUUGGGAAGUCACGAAGGCAAAUUUCUUGCGAAGUUUCUACGGUUGUCAGCUCACGCACACUGGAGUUUUCAAUGUCGAUGGAAUUCUUGGUCUUGGGGCAGGUUACGGACAACCAGCCAACCUCGUCACUACCAUUGGCACACUGGAAGCCUCCUUCGGUCAUGAAACUAGCUGAUCCCGAGUUCUUUAUUUCUGGGCCGAUUGAUUUGGUACUUGGAUCGCAGUUUUACUACGAUUUUCACCUUCUUGAUGGUGGCCGGCUACAAAUUAGAAGGUUCGACAGCACUCUUCCUGUAUUUGUCAAUACGGUUUUCGGAUGGGUUGCCGCAGGCGAGACUGAUUUGAAUGGUGGGGCAUCGAGAAUCAGUUGCAACUUGGCAAUAGCUGAGCCUCUGGACAAAUCCAUCGAAAGAUUUUGGGCCAUCGAGGAGCUAUCGGAGAAACCACCACGAACACAGGAAGAAGAGGAUUGCGAGUUGCACUUUCAGAGUACAUUCACUCGAGAUGAAAAUGGGCGUUACGUGCUACGGUACCCCAAGCACAUGGGCUUUCACGAAAUGAUUGGAGAGUCAAGAGAGGCAGCGUUGCGACGGUUUCAGCAUUUGGAAAGACGGCUGAAGAGAGAUCCCGAUCUAAAACGGCAGUACAGCGAAUUCAUGCAAGAGUACUUGGAUUUGGGACACAUGAAACGCAUUGGCACCGUUGAAGAUUCGCGGGAUGAGGAACGUCUGGUCUGUUACCUUCCCCAUCACCCAGUUUUUAAAGAGUCCAGCUCAACUACCAAGGUGCGAGUAGUUUUCGACGGAUCUGCCAAAACUUCUACGAAUCGGUCCCUCAAUGACGCACUUCUUACCGGACCGGUGAUACAAGACGAGCUGCUCGAUAUCAUGCUUCGCUUUCGCAAGCACGCAAUCGCUGUCGUGGCGGAUGUAGAAAAAAUGUACCGGCAGAUACGCAUACAUCCGGAAGAUGCAUCAUGUCAACGGAUUCUCUGGCGUUUUGAACCAUCCGAACCGAUUCAAAUAUUUGAGCUUCUCACCAUAACUUACGGUCUGUCUCCAUCCUCCUUCAUGGCAACCCGAGUCCUCAAACAACUGGCAUUGGACGGUGCGAGCGAGCAGGAAGCUGCUUCCCUCGCGGUAGCGGAGGAUUUUUACAUGGACGAUUUCCUCUCCGGAGCGGAUUCCGUUGAGAACGCGAGACGAUUGAAACAUGAAGUGCAGAAUUUGAUGGCGAAAGGCGGAUUUCAACUUCGCAAAUGGAGCUCGAAUGUACCGGAGGCGUUAGAAGACUUACCUGCAAAAGCAACCGAUGACCCCUCCAUGUUUUAUUUUGAAAAAGAAUCGAAGGUAAAAACGCUUGGAGUUGCUUGGGAGACGGACGCGGAUCGGUUCUGCAUCGAAGUACGAGACGUUAAGAAUAACGAGCAAUGGACAAAAAGGAAAAUCUUUUCAGCGAUAGCCCAGCUAUAUGAUCCGCUUGGACUCGUUUCUCCCGUGAUAGCUUGGGCGAAAAUCCACAUGCAGCGACUUUGGUUGGCUUCCGUCGAUUGGGAUGAUCCAGUCCCUGAUGAAAUCAGUGCCAGAUGGGAGGAAUUCUACGUCCAGUUGCCGGAGUUACGAUCGUUCAAGGUGUCAAGGUACCUUUUUCAACCGGAAACAGAAAACAUCCAGUUCCAUGUCUUCUGCGACGCAUCGGAAGUCGGAUACGGAGCUCGCGUGGCACCACUCAAACGGCUCACGCUACCACGCUUAGAGCUGUGUGCUGCACUUUUGGGGGCAAAACUGUACGCCCGGGUCUCAGCAGCGCUGCGGAUGGAGGGAAUUCCUUGCUGGUUUUGGUCGGAUUCUACAGUCACUUUGCAUUGGAUACGAGCACCUCCUAACACCUGGCAAACCAUCGUCGGAAAUCGCACAUCGGAAAUUCAACGACUUACCCACGGCCACAGCUGGAAUCACGUCAAAGGGGUUGACAAUCCUGCGGACUACGUCUCUCGCGGUAUGCUUCCUAAGGUAUUUGUGUCCAAUGCCGUAUGGCCCGGUGGGCCAUCUUGGCUCCUAGAAAUAGAAGAAAAAUGGCCCAAGCAUCUCAAUCCAGAUCCCCCACCAGAAGAAAUACUAGAGAGAAGAAAAACUGUCCUAAUAACGCAAAAUAUCUUGUCCCAAUAUCCACUGUAUGAACGGUAUUCAUCAUUUUGGAAGCUUGUACGCAUAACCGCCUACAUACUGCGCUUCGCAAACCGUUGCAGAUCAAAGAAUUACCGCCCGAAGGAAAUGUUUCUCACUGCAGAUGAAUUGCAAUCAGCUAAGCAUGCUUUGGUCAAAGGUGUACAGCAGCAAAUGUUCCCGGAGGAACUAAAAGCUUUAAAAAACAAUCGACCAAUUCCAUCGCAGUCUGCAUUGAACGGUCGUCGUCCAAUAGUAGAUUCAAAUGGCAUACUUCGUGUCGGUGGCCGGCUUCAACAUUCUGAAGAAGCAUACGCAACCAAGCACCCUAUAAUCCUCCCCACCAAGCACCCACUAUCGCGUCUCAUUGCAGAGCAUUAUCAUACCCUCACGUUUCAUUCUGGGCCUCGAAUGACUCUAGCAUCGAUUAGGCAAGAAUUCUGGCCAUUACGCGGCAAAGAUUUGGUGAACUACGUGUGUCGCAAAUGCCUAAACUGUUUUCGCCACCGCCCUGUCCCUAUUACCCAACCCGUCGGCCAGCUUCCAACUGCUCGCACAGUCCCCAGCAGGCCAUUUACAAUUACAGGUGUGGAUUAUUGCGGACCCGUCUAUAUGAAACCCGUACAUCGCCGCGCAGCCCCGCAGAAAGCAUUCAUAGCAGUGUUUAUUUGUUUCGCCACCAAAGCCGUUAGUUUGGAGUUAGUUUGCGAUCUUUCGACAGAUGCAUUCAUCGCUGCAUUACGCCGCUUUAUCGCCCGUCGUGGCUGCCCCGCAGAACUACAUUCUGAUAACGGAACUAACUUUCAAGGUGCAAAAAACACUUUAGCCGCUCUCUAUCAGCUACUUAACGAUAAACAUUGCCAAGAGAAAAUAAUCAGCGAAUGCACCAGUAAGCGAAUUCGGUGGAAGUUUAUUCCUCCCAGGGCGCCAAACUUUGGUGGCCUUUGGGAAGCAGCUGUAAAAACUGCCAAAAGCUCACUAAUCAAAACAAUCGGAAACUGCAAGCUGUCAUAUGAGGAUUUUGCCACUUUAUUGACACAAAUAGAGGCAAAUAUGAACUCUCGUCCUCUUACGCCGCUCUCCGAAGACCCCGCGGAACUUGAUGUUCUUACUCCCGGACAUUUUCUUACGGGAUCUUCGCUAUCAUCGUUACCAGAUCCAGAUUACUGCAAUAUCCAAACUAGCCGUCUCAAACACUAUCAACAACUGCAACAGCUGGUGCAGCAACACUGGGUUCGAUGGAAGAAAGAGUAUCUCACGGAGCUCAAUAGCCAGCAGCAAAAAUCUUCAGCACCGGUCGAGAUCCAUGUCGAUCAGCUGGUCUUAGUGCGAGAUGACAACAAACCAUCUCUUAAUUGGCCGCUCGCCAGAAUUAUCGCCAUCCAUCCUGGAGAAGACGGCUGCGCUCGAGUUGUAUCAGUAAAAACAGCAGCUGGGACUUACACUCGGCCAACUUCAAGGAUUUACCCGCUACCAACCAGCACAUCGUUUCAGCAACAAGAACUCCAAUCAGCAGUGACGGAGAAAGGCUCCGAUUGA